GCGGAGUCUCUGCGGACACCGCCCGCUCCCUAGUUUCUGUCAGGGAAGCCGGGCGUGCGGAGGCGGCUGAGGAGGCGGGAAGGCGGCAGUGGUUGAAGGGGUGAUUGCUGACUAGCGGGGAGGGAGUGGGCAGCGAUGGUGAUGGCGGCGAAGAAGGGCCCGGGCCCGGGCGGCGGGGUCAGCGGAGGCAAGGCGGAGGCGGAGGCGGCCUCGGAGGUGUGGUGCCGUCGGGUGCGGGAGCUGGGUGGCUGCAGCCAGGCCGGGAAUCGCCACUGCUUCGAGUGCGCCCAGCGCGGGGUCACCUACGUGGAUAUCACCGUGGGCAGCUUCGUGUGCACCACCUGCUCCGGCCUCCUGAGAGGACUGAAUCCCCCUCAUCGUGUCAAGUCAAUCUCCAUGACAACUUUCACUGAGCCUGAAGUAGUAUUCCUGCAAUCCCGUGGAAAUGAGGUUUGCCGGAAGAUUUGGCUGGGUCUAUUUGAUGCUCGGACAUCUUUAGUACCAGAUUCCAGGGAUCCUCAGAAAGUGAAGGAGUUUCUCCAGGAAAAAUAUGAGAAGAAGAGAUGGUAUGUCCCCCCAGACCAAGUCAAGGGGCCCGCUUAUACCAAAGGCAGUGCCUCCACCCCUGUGCAGGGCUCCAUCCCAGAAGGGAAGCCCCUUCGGACACUUCUGGGUGAUCCUGCACCGUCUCUCUCAGUUGCUGCCUCCACCUCGAGCCAGCCCGUCAGUCAGUCUCACGCUCGGACAUCCCAGGCCCGGAGCACUCAGCCACCUCCCCACUCCUCUGUCAAAAAAGCCAGUACUGACCUGCUGGCUGACAUUGGUGGAGACCCCUUUGCUGCACCCCAGACGGCACCAGCUUUUGCUGCAUUCCCUGCCUUUGGGGGUCAGACACCUUCCCACGGGGGCUUUGCCAACUUUGAUGCCUUCAGCAGUGGCCCCAGCCCUUCUGUGUUCGGAAGCCUCCCUCCAGCUGGUCAAGCCCCGUUCCAGGCCCAGCCAACUCCUGCAGGCGGGUUUGAGGAGAGGACAGGCUUUUCCAUCUCUUGAGGGAAAAGUGGGACAUGAAAGCCAAACGGGAGCAGGAGGAGAACAGCCUGACCCAGGGACGAGCUGCUUUCCUCUCCGAAGCACAGCUUUGAGCGCAGGGGACAUGGAGAAGGACUGGGCUGUCACCUUGCUCAGAACUCUUGGGAGCAGCCAGGGGACUCCAUUUGGUGCCGCUCCGCUGGCACCCACCAGUCAGCCAAACAGCCUCACAGACAUGGGCAGCUUCCUGGGACCCGGGGUGCCCACUGCAGGUGUUCCUAGCAGCCUCUUCGGGAUGGCCAGCCAGGUCCCCCAACUCCAGUCUGUCACGAUGGGCAGCAGCAGCAGCACAGGGCUGGCCUUUGGAGCCUUCACCAACCCUUUUGCAGCUCCCGCCGCCCAGCCCCCGCUGCCUUCCACCAACCCAUUCCAGCCCAAUGGCUUGGCGCCAGGGCCAAGCUUUGGCAUGAGCAGUGCUGGGUCUGGCUUCCCCCAGGCAGUGCCACCUACCGGGGCCUUCGCCAGCUCCUUCCCAGCACCGCUGUUCCCCCCGCAGACCCCGCUGGCUCAGCAGCAGAAUGGCUCUUCCUUCGGGGACUUAGGAUCAGCCAAGUUGGGGCAGAGGCCACUGAGCCAGCCAGUUGGGAUCUCCACCAACCCCUUCAUGACUGGACCUUCAUCAAGCCCAUUUGCCUCCAAGCCUCCAACCACCAACCCCUUCUUGUAGCACUGUGUUUUUGGGGGGCCUCUUCCCUGCCUUCUGGGGCCCUCUGCUCCCUAGAGCUCUGGUGACCACUUACCUGUGGUGUUUCUAUGGGCCUUGGGGAUGGUGGAGGUGCUAAUGCUUUGCUUGGGGCCUACAGGUGAAAGGUGGCUGUCCUCAGAUUCCACAAAGCCUCUGCUCCCCUCCCCCGUCCCACCCCCACCCAGGCAGGAAGCCCAGGAGGAGUACGGGCAGGGCCUGGCCUGGAGGAGUGAUGGUUGAGGGGAGGGAUUUUUUUCAAAUGAUCAGUUAGGACAGCCCCCCUGCUCCCCUGCUCUCGCUGCACAGUGCUCCCCCACUCCCAGCCCUGUGGGUGGAGGACAUUGCGAGCACAGACUGGCCAGCCUUCCCCCGUGGGAACAGCUCUUCCCUUGGCCCAGCUCACCAGCGCUGUGCUCCUCGUGGAUGGGAUCACAGUGGGGAAGGUAGGGGAAACACGAAGCACAGUGUUGACAGGGCAGUGACCAGACAGUCCCGGGAGCCAGAAGGCCCAGGUGGCCCAAGUGCUCUUGGUGGCCCAGCUUGGCCAGCACAUACUUUCCUCCUGCAGCACCCCCUGCUGAAGGGGUCCCCCAUUGUUUUGCUUCCCCAGCGCCCAGGAUGAGCGGUUUACCUUUGAGCUCACCCGGUCCCAGCUCCUGUCAAGCACUUUAGUUAGCUGUUGGUGUCAUGUUUGGAUACCAGUGUUUUAUAUUUAUACAUAGAGAGGAUUUUCUAAUAUAGCCUAUUAUAUAUAAAUAGAUCUAUCUAUAUGCACAUACAUACAUAUAUACACACACCCAGCCGAUCUCCCGCUCCCAGACUGCUCUCAUGUGGGGAAUGGGAUGAAUCCCCAUCUGUGCCUCGACCAUCAAAGCCAGAGCUCCAGGGCUGGAGGGGGGCAGCUAUGUGUCCUGACCCCCACCAUCCCCAGAGCCUGGGUUUUCCAGGGAAAGGCUUUGUGCAAUUGCCUGGUCUUUUUUUUUUUCUCCAUGUGCCUCCCCAUCCCCAAAUCUCUGCACCAAAGCUCAUUGCAGGCAGUGUUAGAAAAGAACUGCAUUUGAACGAAAGAGAAAACGGCUCUCGUGGUUUUGCUUCAGGCCACUUUGAAGGGUUGCAGGUCAGUCAACAUGACUGAUCCUUGACCUGGCUCUGCUGGGCUGGACUGCCUGGGCCAGUGAUGAUGCUGCCAUUGGCCAGAGACAGAGCACAGCUGGUCCCUGUCUAAACAAGAGUCCUGCAUUAGCAACGAGAAGAAGCGUGGCGGGAGAGGGGCCGCCACUGCUGUGGACUGGAGUUUGUUUGAUGUGAGGGGGAUGCCCACUUGGGGUUGGGGUGGGCAAAGGAGGGUGCCAACGUGGAGGUGGAAGUAGACCCCUCCUGGGUCUGGGACAUUCUCUGCCCCAGGCUCUUUCCACCUGGGGAUGUUGUGGCAACAGCCGUGGUGUCUGGGCUAUUUGUGUGGUGACAAGACAGACCUGGUCAGGGGGUGGGUAGCAAACACCUCACCUGGCUGGGCAGAGGCUGCCUUGCUGUUUGGCCCAAGGCCAGGAGAGGCCCCUCCCUUUCCACCAUUGCCCUGGCCCCGUGGCCGUUCAUUCUUGGGUCUUCCACAGAGAGCAGCAAAGAGAUAUGGGAAUUGGGUGAUUGAUGUAUUUACUUUGAAGACUUUUCUGGAAAUACCUCUAGCUGCUGCUAUUUUCUAGGCCGGGCUUGGCAUCCCUGUCUUUUCCAAAAAUCAGGACCCAUCCUUUCUGUUCCUGUUCUUCUCCCAGCCUCUGCCCUCCUUCUGUCUCCUGGGUAGUCUCCUGCUUCGCUCCCUGACCUUUGCACGUUCCAUCUCUUCUCCUUCUCCCCUCUUCUCCACCCUAGAUUAUUUCUGUGUCCCUCUACCUAAUACUCUUACCAGUUCUUUCCUUUCUGCUUAGAGCUGGAGGGAGGGCAGCUGGAAUCUGUUAUGGUGUAUUAGGGGGAGGAGCCUUUCUGUUCUUUUCCCCCAGCUUCCAUCACCCUUCCCUUAUGCCAGGACCACCGAGGUUUGGAACUGAGGCUAAACCGAAGGGCUUUCCCCCGCUUCUGUCACCCCAUACUGUGUCCCAGCAUCUCUUCACUGUCUGGGUCCAGACCCGGGUCCUCCCUACAGACUCCCUCCUCUCCAGCCCACAAGGACUCCAGCCUGCUCGCUGGCCAGAGCUAGAUGAGCAGUAAGAAGUUAACGCCAGGUCAGCCUCAGGCCCCAGGGUUCUCUGGGCACAGGCUGACACUAGGAGCUGCCCUCCUUGGCUGGGGGCAGCCUCAGCAGCUCAGGCUGCAGCACUCCAAUGAGCCGCCUCUCCUGGAGAGUAGCAAAGAAUGGAGAAAGGCCUGGCCUGAGAGGAAAUGGAGAAAACAUUGCCUGGUAGCUGCAGAUUCAAACCCACUGCACACACCACGGAGCUAGAGUGACUCACCUGGGCUCACACCAGUCUUCUGGCCAAUGCGGGGACCAUGCUCUGCUGACAGCAGUCCUCUAGCAUGGCCCCAGCAUUCAGCUGGUCACCUGUGGGCCAUCCCCAUGUGAGGAAGCAGGAGUCAGCCCCCAAGUGUCUCCACAUUGGAGCUUGCAGGUCAGACCUGCAGGCCAGGAGAUGGGAGCAGGGCUGAGGGUAGGGGCUGAAUGUGUGGCUCUGUCCCUGUGUUGCUUUCCACAGAGGAGCAAGGCCUCAGGCUGAGGAAGGAGGCGCGCGCUGGAACAGCCUAGUCUCUUCCCUGUGGAUUCCCCCAACCCCAUAACAUUCUUCCAUAGGGGCUGAGAACGCAGUGCCCCGUCCCUGACGGAUGAAAAGUGGACCCCUCAGGUCGGGAGAGGCAGAGCUGAGGUUCUGCCACUUCCUGUCCCUGGGGAGCCACUCAAGUUACCAGGGCUACCGGCUGAAAUAAAUAUUUUCGGGGUAGGACCAAGGGCAGUGUGUUGCCAAGGCAACUGAUGUAGGCCAGUUGCAUGACUCCAGGCUUGUCCUGGUACUCAGGGGGUCCGAUCACCUGGCAUUGAUCAGCACCCACCCCACCCCUGAGGCUUGCCCAGACACCAGACCCUCAGAUCCCUGCCUUUCCUGCCCAUGCAUCACCUAGCACCCAAGGUUCAGUGACAGGGUGGUUUGGAGCUGGUCACUGUCAUAGCAGCUGUGACUUCACAAGGAAGGGUGCUGCAGGGGGACCUGGUUGAUGAGGAAUGGGAAGGGGAAGGUAUAAAGAGAUCUUCCUCAGGUA